UGCCUCAUGGGGAUCAAAGGAACUGUGAAGCGCAGCACUGACGGGGACUUCAUUCAUGCCAAUGUUGACAUUGACUUAAUUAUCACAGAAGAACCUGAAAUUGGCAAUAUAGAAAAACCUGUAGAAAUUUUUCAUAUAAUUGAGCAUUUUUGUCUUGGGAGAAGACGCCUUCAUCUAUUUGGAAGAGAUAGUACAAUUAGACCAGGUUGGCUCACAGUGGGACCAACACUUACAAAUAGCAACUACAAUGCAGAAACAUACGCGUCCUACUUCACCGCCCCUAACUCCUACUUGACUGGGUGUACGGAAGAAAUUGAGAGACUUCGACCCAAAUCACCUCCUCCCAAAUCUAAAUCCGAUCGGGGAGGUGGAGCCCCCAGAGGUGGAGGAAGAGGUGGGACUUCUGCUGGCCGUGGACGAGAAAGAAAUCGAUCUAACUUCCGAGGAGAAAGAGGUGGUUUUAGAGGGGGCCGUGGAGGAGCACACAGAGGUGGCUUUCCGCCUCGGUAAUUUUUGAAGACGUUGAUCCUGUUAAUGCCCCUCUAACCUUUAUUGUAGUUUGCAUUUCAAGUGGGAAACUUACUUUAGAGCACAAUUCAAGCUUGCACCUUUGCUUUGGUUUCUCUGAACUGCAGGAAUAUCUUAGUCAGCCUCCCUCACACUUGUCACACACUGUCUGGUUUUGUUCAGUAUAAAUGAGUAUUCUGCCUUUUGUCACGUGCAUGAGCAGAAUGGAACACAAGUAACUAACUUCAUCUUCAGAGACUGAAUCCAUUCUGGUAGAUUCCAACUAAUUACAAAGGUUUUGUUUUUUAGUAGUUGAACAGUGAAAAAGAUCCAAUCUGUGGUAUCAUGCCAGUGCCCACAGGAUUGGUGACGCACAUCCUGCCGCUGCCGUCGUAGCAAACAAGGAGCUGUUCGGAAGCCUUGACAGAGUGGAGUUGGGACAGACGGUUAUUAGGCAAGUAGCCGUUGCCAGCCCCUGGGGAGAGAGAGGAAUGCAAUGCGAAAGGGGAGCUUGCAGUCCUCCCUCCCCUCAUAAGGACGAUGUCUGUCCCUCCCUCUCUGUCCUGAUGAGGAGGAUGACAUGCAGGAGGUGCAGGGUGGUGUGACUGGGGCAGGGGUCCUAGGAGCUGGUGGUUUGAAAAAGAAUUUAUUACAAGCGGCUGUUCCGGUCCGGUUACUUACUCCCCCCAGAAAAGCCCUCUGUAAAACCCACCGCUCUCCCCUUCCUGGGGUGGACGCUUUUUUUCCACCUCUGCCCGUCUGCACCCAGAUGCUCAAAUAAACAGCAUUUCGCUAAACACGAGGCCCCAUGUGUCUCCCUCUCGGCUCCGGACCUAACAAUGAUAAGCUGCUGUCAGGGUUUUAAGAUUUUCUUGAUGAAACAGUAAAAAGAGGUAGGCUUCUUUUUAUAAUCUUAAAUGUGUAGCUACAUAUGACUUUUAAUCUUGUUUCCUAAGAGGCAAGUGAGGACAAAUACCCAAGUGCUAGAAUUCUGGUGUGGAUGUGAACUUGGACUGAUCUUCAAAGUAGUUUGGUAUUCCUUAGCAAAAUAAAUAACAGAGGCAACAACAGAGAUACCUGGUUUACUUUGGGGAAUAAAGUACUGGGGAUGAGGAAAUGACAUACACCUUUAAACUUGUCAUGGAGAAAAUUUAAUGUAAAACAGAUUAUAGAAAACCCUCAACUUAAGAAUACAGCUUGGAAAUUGAACUGCAAUUGUCUUUUAUUAAA